GGUGACACACACGGCAGCACAUGCUGCGAGGAGGGAUGAGCUCCAGGGGCCAGCCACUGGCACAGCUCACACAGCCGGGCUGCGUGGGACUCUCAGCACCGAGCUGCCAGCCGCUCAGUCCAGCACCCAGCGGAGGCGACUGGGAGGAGAGACACGCACCUGCCACCGCCAUCCACCGCCCGCUGCUUUUAUAACUCCAGCGCCCCGCGCGGUCCCACCGCAAAGGGUCCCGAACGGGGCUGGGACAGUCCCCACCUCUGCCCCUCUGAAUCCUCGUUUCCACAUCUCAAGGAACUGGACUCAGCAGCUGUUGGCUCGCAGGGGCACACGCGGCAAAAGAAGAGGGUUUGGAAAGCAACUCCGAUCCUUCAAGGAUCUAGCUGAACCUCUUUUUGGAGGAAGACCAUUGGGAAGAUUUUGCUUGUACAAAGUUGAGAGGCAAAGACAAGGAAAAGAGCAGCUUUGCACCGGAAAAAGGGAAAGUCCCCACUCUCAGAAGCUGGGAUCUGUUUCCGAGCUGAACUUUGGAAAGUGCAAGAACCUGCCCCAAAACUGAUAGAACAGCAGCCACAACAAAAGCUGUACCAAGAAAAAACAUUAACUGCGACUCUUCUGAAAUGCAAGGCUUUUUUUUUUGUGGCUUCACUUUCCAUUGCGUCUGUUUCUUCUUGAAUUCAGUUGCUUUUUAAACUCACGCCCCCUUGCCUUGAAAUGCAGAGGUUUUUUAAUUGAAUCUCUUUUAUCUUGAACUGCAGUUUGUUCCUUGACGUUUUGGGGGGAGCGGAGGGGGAGGGACUUGUCUUUGAACUGCAUUUUUGGAUCCACUUUUGUUUUCAUUUCCCCUAACAACCCACAACAACAGAAUCUUCAUCAUGUCUUUUGACCACACCACCAUAUACACAACAGCAAACAGUUCCACUAGUGAGCAUGGGGACGGCAAGCCCCCCACCAUCCCCACUGUCAUGUUCAUCUUUGGCGUGGUGGGCAACCUGAUCGCCAUCGUGGUGCUUUGCAAGUCCAGGAAGGAGCAGAAGGAGACCACUUUCUACACACUGGUGUGUGGGCUGGCAGUCACUGAUCUUUUGGGGACCUGUCUGGUGAGCCCAGUCACUAUUGCCACAUACCUGCAGAACCGCUGGCCGGGUGGACUAGCACUGUGUGAAUACAGCUCCUUCAUCCUCCUUUUCUUCGGGCUCUCUGGCCUCAGUAUCAUCUGUGCCAUGUCUAUAGAAAGGUACCUGGCCAUUAACCAUGCCUAUUUCUACAACCAUUAUGUGGAUAAGAAGUUGGCCGGGCUCACUCUCUUUGCCAUCUAUGUCUCCAAUGUGCUGUUCUGCGCCCUGCCCAGCAUGGGACUGGGCAAGUCUACCUUACAGUACCCCAAAACUUGGUGUUUCAUAGACUGGAAGACCAAGGAGGCCACCCAUGCUGCCUACUCCUACAUGUAUGCCGGCUUCAGCUCCUUCCUAAUCAUGGUCACGGUAGUCUGCAAUGUCUUGGUGUGUGUGGCCCUGAUUCGCAUGCAUCGCCAGUUCAUGCGACGCACCUCCCUGGGCACAGACAACACUGCCAGCCGCUUGUCUGACUUUCGCCGGCGCAGGAGCUUUCGUCGCAUGGCUGGAGCAGAGAUCCAGAUGGUCAUUUUGCUUAUUGCCACCUCCCUGGUUGUGGUCAUCUGCUCCAUUCCUCUAGUGGUACGUGUCUUUGUGAACCAACUGUACCGGCCAGACGUAGUGAAGGAUGUCAGUCAAAACCCCGACUUGCAGGCCAUCCGCAUUGCUUCAGUGAACCCCAUCCUGGACCCAUGGGUCUACAUCCUCCUCCGCAAGACAGUGCUCAGCAAAGUCAUAGAGAAAAUCAAGUGCCUCUUCUGCCGCAUUGGAGGGGCUCGAAGGCAACACUCUGGGAGCAAUUUCAACUGUGCGGAUGGACGCCGAACCUCCUCCGCCAUGUCCAGCCACUCACCCUCCUUCAUCUCUCGGGAGCUGAGGGAGAUCAGUAGCACCUCACAGACACUGCUCUACCCUCCAGAGCUAAGCGAAAGUAGCACUGGGGGUCGCAUGCUGCUGCCAGGAACCAGUGCUGGUCUGGCUCAGUGUGACACUUCAUCAGUGAGGACACUACGCAGCUCAGAGACCUCAGACUCUUUGCCAGGACAGGACUCUGAGAGUGUCUUUCUGGUGAAUGAAGUAGGGUCUGGUGGCAAAGCUGGGUCUGGUGGCGAAGCCAGCUCUGUGCCCAAAAGCAGCUCCCUCCAGGUCACCUUUCCCAGUGAAACAUUGAACUUAUCAGAAAAGUGUAUAUAGCAAUGAAAGCAAUCACACACACGUGAUCCUUUCCCAAUACUUUGGAAAAACUGGUGCAAUAGACACGCACUCUGCCUACUAAAGGGAACCGGGGGUCAGCUAUACUCUGAAGGGCUAUUUUUCUCUUGCCAUGUGAUGGGUACAGUUCUUCCAGACUACUGAGGAUCAUACCAUGGAGCAGUUGCUACAAACAGGCCCUGCCAUCACAAAACAUACAGGACAGAUCUAAUGGGUUUGGAAACAUACACCGUUUUUACCUUGUAUUGCUCUGUGACAUAGGAUUGCUGCUGGGACUCUAUGGUUGAAAAGAUCUGUCAUUUUUUGUCCAAAUCUGCUAGAAACGUAUUUUCUCUCCCCGCUCCUGCCACAACUAUCAAGGGUUUAAGUCUCUGGGUACUAGAGAGCUGAAGGCGAGACAGUUACUGGGACCUGGAUAGAGAUACUACGACAACUGCCUGGUGUACAAUUUUAAAGAGUCUCACUAAAGCGUGAAAAUGUGAAUUUUUAUUGCUGUAAAUAUCAUCAUUUAAAAUAUUUAAAAAUCUAUUCUUCUCUGUGAGAAGGUUUAUUAUUAAUACAAGGUAUAU